AUGACCCCUCCCGCUGUUGGCAGCUUGGAAGGUUCUUCAGAAUCUGUAGCUGUUCCUGAAGAAAUGAGACGAGCUAAGACUAUGGAAUUUGACACCUCAUUUUCACCAGCAAAGAAAAAUAAAUUUGAUAUGUUAAAUAAGCGUAAUACACCAGAAAAUAUUACUAGAAGCAAAACUUCAACUGAAAUUUCAUCAACUGAUAGAGAAACCGGUGAAGAAUUCCAACAAACUAGUGAAGCUUCUAGCUCCAAUGAUAUUCAUCGUUUGGAACCUGAAAAUGUUGAAAGACCUUCUGAAAGGAGACGCGAAGUUAAUGUUGAUAAUAUCGUGGAAGAAUCAACACCAAUGCGAAAUCCUACGAUGCUUGACAAGGGGACUCAAACUACUACCACAUUAGUCCCUGGAAGAACCUCAAAUAGAACUAAUUUGUCAGCUGAAGGGUUUAGACAGAACCUACCUUUUGCUUACAUCAUAAUCCAUGAUAAUAUAGCGGACAGAGUUCCUAGUAAAAUCAUUAUUUCUUCCAUUAAUUACAAUUUGAACUCUAAUCAAUAAUUCAUCUAUAAAAAAAAGGUUAAAAAAAGCUUGUAAAAAUCAGUUUUAUGAUCAGAUUUGCAGAAUUAUAUGCAUUUUGUUUUGGAAUAAUUCCUCCUUAUUUUCAAAAAUGUUUUUGAUAUAUU